AUGCUGAGGAGAUACCUCACCAUCUGUCAGCGGCUCUUUGAUGAUCGGUGCGAUGAGUGGGGCCACCCAUCCAGCUGGAGUGCCUGGGUCGCCGUGUUGGGCGAAUUCAUGAAAGGUCGCGCCAUACCGGAAAAGGGCACGUCAGCGCAUUCGCAAGAUGACGAGCGCUUCAUCCGCGCAAUCGACCUCCAGCUCCUCCAGGUCUGGCAGACCUUCAGGGACCACGACAAGUUCCGUUCCAAGCAGUUUGGGACGGUCCUGGAGCAGUUCGUCUACUCCCUGUCGCUGUUUUUCCGCGACACCGGCCUUCGCCGCGACGACUGGACAGAGGAGCUGAGGGGGGUGCAAGCCGUCAUCGGGCAAUUCAUCGAGACCCUCACCGGCAUUGUCAGCGCAGGGGAAUGCUUAUCUCGUUGUUGUCAGCAUCUGACUCCGGUGGGUGGUGUGGUAGGGUCAAAAGAGUAG